CUUUAGGAGUUAUAAUAAUAUCUAAUGUUUUUAUACAUUUUAUCACACCAAGAGUUGCAAAUUACAAUUGUUCAAGUUUAUCAUGAGUGCCCACAACGUUCUGUACUUUCGACAACAGUUAGCAAGUGAAAAGGAGCAUCUUCAGAAGCUGUGUGAAAGAUGGAAUGAAACUGCAGCAAAAGCUGAUAUCCCAGAUGAAUUCAAUUGGUUUUUAAUAGGUUUGGGACAAAUUAGACUAGCUGUUGGUCAAGCACAACUUUUAAUGGACCAGCGUUUCCAUCAGUUUAGUGGCUUGAUUGAUAACUGUGAAUUUCACAGGGGUGAAAAGAAGACAACUUGUGAUGAUCUGCAAGGAUUUUGGGACAUGAUCUUCUUUCAGGUAGAAGAUGUGAACCAAAAAUUCAACAACUUGGAAAUGUUAGAAAAAUCUAAAUGGAGUUCUGAACUUGAAGAUGGUGUAAAAGAUACAAAAGCUUUAAGUAAAACAGUCACAAAAUCUAAAUCUGAAACUGGGAAACAUCAGAAAUUUAGUAACGUAUCCUCACAAAUGAAAAUGCACAUAUUAGCUGCCAGACAGAGACUUGCAGAAGCAAAAGCUCGUACUGUAAAGUCUUCAAGCAGCAGUAGCAGUAAUGAUGAAGAAAAUAAAGAAAAUGAAAAAGUGUUUGAAAUGCCAGGUUUUUUUACUGUCAACAGUCCAGUAAAAAUAGCUCAACAAAGAAAUAAAAGUGAGUAUACCCUCCUGAAGGCAGAAGCUGCUUCUCCUCUUGCAAAACUUAAACCUCAUCGAAAACCUGAAAUGAGAAAUUACAUACCUUUAGCUUGUGUUACUCGUUCAGCUAAGAAAGCUUUGCAAAUGAGUGAUGAUGAAAACAUAUAGGAUGAGGUCAUUAACAGAUUUAUGUGCUGAAGUUAAGUAAAUUAUCUUAAAAAAUCAAUUACGUAUGUAUAUUGCAUGAACAUAGCUGCAUAUUUCAGCACGUUAGUAAUUCUUGUAUGGAACUUUACUCACAACAAAUACAAAAUGGUAACUGAUGAUUUUUUAGUUACAGUUCUUUAUGAUGCUGUAUCAAAGCUUGUACCUUUUCUAAAUAUUCCCACAUGUUCAGUCAAUACAUAAAUGCAUGUUUAUUUUCUGUGUUAGUUUGGUAAGGAUACUGUUUUUUUACACUAUUUAGUUUUGAAAUUGUAUAAUCGUAUAUGUGUACAAAAAUUUCUUUUUCUGUAUCUAUGUGUUUGUACUAUGGUUUUAUAACCCUAGCUGUCUGCUUUUAAUAUGUCCUGUAAUUAUUAUUUUUUAAUGAUGAUAAAAUUAAUUGUACUCUUAUAUAAAAUAUUGUACAGGUAAUCACUUGUUAAUCAUUAUCUCCAAGUUUUAAGUGUCAUUUAGAAUAUUUUGAUUUAAAAAGUUUAAUUAAACUUUCUGUAUCUCAAAUGCUUUUAUGCAAAAUCAAAAAUAAAGUUUUAGGGGUUACAUUUUUAAUGGAUCUAAUGUUGUUUGUUUAAACAAUUUUUUGCUUAAAUUUAACACUAGUAAACCUUAUAAAGAUUUUUUGUAAGAUUUAGUUUUGUGGCUAAAAUGUGCUUUAAAGUUAUUGGUCAAAAUAUAUGUUGGAGUUAAUUUCAAGUGAUCCAUAACUCAAAUUUAUAAUACAAAUAUACUUUCUAUUGGAAACUGUAACUGUAAGAAAUUAUGAAAGGAUAACCAGAAAGGUAUAUUUAAAUAUUUUUGGUAUUUGUCAUUUAGCAAAUUUUCAUAAUGCAACAAUACUUUUUAUAAAUAAGAAUACAAAAAAAAUAUUUUUGUCAUUUGGUUAAUUAACUUGUGGCAAGUAACCACCUUUAUAUUAAUGAUAAUUUUGGAUAGAACUAUUUGUUAAAAUUAUC